GCAACCAAGCGUCCUCACUUCACGUCUGUUUAUUGCGUCAGUUUAUUUCAGUUUAUUUGCGUCUGUCACAUCGUACGGUUGAUGUUCGAGUUCAUUCGGGCGAUUCGCUUGGGUUGAUCGGUCGAUAUCCGGGCCGAAUUCGAAUUUGUCACGCGGAGGAUCCUGACGCGGUCGAACACACGGCGCGAUCGUGUGGCUAGCGCUGGCUAGCGCGAGAAGGUAGAAAUCGAGCAGGAUCUCGAGAAAGUAGGACGCUUCGCGUCACGUCGCAUGGCGGAUUAUGAGCUCCGUGAAGAGUGUCAUCAUCACCCUGCCUAAGGGAGUGCCCAAGGCGAUCCCGAGGAACGAACCGCGCAACGCGGUGUCCAAACUCAACUUCACGACGUCGAUCCUGGUGGACAAGGCGAGGAUGGAUGGCAGGAAGACCGCCCCCGGCGGUCAGCAAGAGGAGACGUGCGACGACGACGUCACGACGCUCCUCGAGCCCGUGGACAUCCGUGUACGCGGAAAGAAACGCCGACUGGAUCAUCUAACGUGGGAGGAAAAGCUGCAACGAAAAAAACUGAAGAAUCGUGUGGCUGCUCAAACUUCGCGGGACCGCAAGAAGGCGAAAUUGGACGAACUUGAGGAGACGGUGAAGACACAAAAGGAAAGAAACGAGCUGCUUACGCAGGAGUGCGCAAUGCUGAGAUCACAGAAUGAAUUGCUGACGUCACAGAACGAAUGGCUGUUGAAUGAAAAUAAGAGGCUUAGAAACGAGAGAGACGCAGUGAGGAACACGAUCACAGAUCAGCAGCAAACGAUCUGCUCCACCUGUCGGACCCGUGUCGACGGUGCUGUACCUUCGCUGGGAUCUGCAGUAUCCCCCAAUGACCCUCUGCCGCAGGGUGGGACAGCACAGUCGGCAUCGCGCCCGACACGGACGCUACGGGCAACGCUGCUGCUGAAAUUUCUGAUCUACUUCCUCUGGAAGACUUCCUGUUCAGCACCUUCCAAAGCGCCGAGCAAUUCGAAGAGCUGGCAGAGAGCCUCCUACGAAAUGUCAGCCCAGAAGUUGAAGCAAAUCCUCAGAGAUCAAAUGAACAAUCGUUCUCCCUUAAUGACCUGCCGAUUGCGCUCCAUUCCACAGGUGUCCGUCAACGAAGCUCCCGUUAAAAAAUCUAACCAUCCAGAAGCAUUGGUGGGGCAGACAUCAGAAAAUGUGGAAGCCAAUAGAACUGGUGGAAGCGUAAAUAGCACAUCCUCCUGUCUACAAACUACAUCUAAUUGGUUUCUCGCCGAUUGCGACACAAGAAGCACGACAUCAUCGAUCAAGACCGAGAUUAAACAAGAAUCAGAGACAGCAUCGGAUCUCGACACUCUCUACGGUACAUACGACGAAACCACUAACUCCAUCACAAUUAUGUAUCCAGGCGAGGAAAACGACGGUUGCAUGGGUAUCCAGGAGUGCGUACAGGAGGUAGUCAGUACCGAGAACAACGUCGUCAACCAGAUCACGGACGACGCUACGCAUCUCACCGUUCCCUCUUCGGGCGUUCAUCUGUGCUACCCGACGCAAUUCUCGCCGGCGUACACCAAUUCCAUGUCACCUGCUAUGAGCGAUGUGGACAGCUGUGGCGUCAGUUCUUCGGCGAAGCAGCUAGACUGCGCCAGUUUGUCGGAUGGUGGAUACGAGUCUCACGACUCUCCGCAAUCACACGUGUCAGACGCCUUGUUCGACCUCUGGUCUGAGAGCUUCAGCGAGCUGUUUCCCACGUUGGGCUGACAGUUCCAGAUAAGGCGUGCUGCCAAGGCGAGCGCCAGAUCGAUGUCGAAUCGUUACAUCUGUGAUAUGGAGAAUUUUAGCGAAAGUAGGAUACAAAAGAGAAAGGAGAGAGAGGCUAGCUUUCAGAAAAGAUCAUUAUAAUACGCAGUCUAUCAUUCAUUUGACAUUUGAUAAAAACUUUCAAGCUUCGAUUAGACUUUCGCACAUUUCUUUUUAUCAAUAUUGAGCAAUUUAGCUUCGUAAUAAACGUUUUGAAUGAAAUGGGUAAUCUUGGAAAUGUAACUUGUUGCAAGUUAUGUAAAUAUUUUGUAAUAAAGACAUAUGUACUUAAGUUCACACUCAACGUGUGCGUUAAUUAUAUCUAUAUAAUUAAAUUCUUUUACAUUAUGUAAAUGAUAGCUAUAGGAAGAGACAGAGUAUAACUAAUUUAAAAAGGCUUUCUAAUAAAAGUUAUUAUAAAAUAGCAGAGAGACGGUUCAGGCCUCUAUGAAGAGAUAAAUUUGUUUCCUCUCUCUCUCUCUUUUGUCAUAAGUUUUGGAUAGUAGCUUUAUGCAGCACAAAUAAUUAGCACUAUACGUAUUGUCACGUAUUGUCUAAUUUGGUUUAAAUUAACAGUAUAUCAAAUUAUUUGCAAUGCAAAAUUAAUAACAUUAAGACGAGUGACUUUAGUAAAAAGAAUAUAUUUUUGUAUAUAUAUCCAAGAUUAUAAAUUUUCUUUAAUUUAUUUGAUGUUGUAAGAAGAUAAGUAAAAUAGUUUUCCAUAGACACAACCAGUUAAUUUUUUUUACAUAUACACACGUACACAGAUGCCUCUAUUUAAGAAAUUUAUUAAUGUUACAUGUCUAUACAUAUUAUAUAUAGUGUGUAUAUAUAUAUAUUGAUUUUUCGAUCUUCGCUGUGCAACAGAAAUAAAUCUGAAACUAAUGGUA